AGGCAGAGCUUCUAUGAUUAGGGCCGCGGUGAGGGGAAGGAGGCUGCGACUGUGGGAGGUCAAGGAGCUUUUUUACGCGUAAACUGUCGACGCCUUCUCGUUGACCGCAAACUGCGAGCUGCGGUUAAUUUGAUUUGUUAGGGUUGUGGUGCAAGGUUCCUGAAUCCGUCGCUUUAGCUUGGAUACUGGAGGAAGAAUGGGAUAUACGGGGUUGAUCUCCAUGCGGUGAGCAGCGCGCGUAAAACGUCUUGGAGUUGGUAUUCAGAAUGGCUCUGGAGAGUGCGUCGCUCCUGAAAGCAGGGCUUGUGUUGCUCAUGGCAGCUCAAGUCCUUCCUGCAGUGUCUGGCUGUAACAGGGGUUUCUACGAGAGGGUGAUCAACGACUUCUGCUUAGCUAAGUUCAAAUUCGACAUGGGAGGACUGGACCGAGGCCUGUGGUGCAGCUGGCCGGACACGACGGAGAUAUACGAGGGACUAACAAACUGCACCUACCAGGUGGCCUUGAGGAUGGACUGCUUCUGGCCCAACCAGAUAGUCGACCACUUCUUCAUGCACAUUCACCGGAUCUACUUCCACGACUGUGCCCUAACUGGCCGGCUCCUCCACGACCCGCCCAUCCACAUCCUUGCCCCGUUCAUUGCAGUGCCGGUACUGAUCACCCUGCUCAUGACUGCCCUGGUGGUGUGGAGGAGUAAACGCACAGAGGGGGUUUUAUAGGCACUCUUUGGGUGCAGCAGCUCGGAGAUACAAAUGGACUCUGGAUUUCUGUGUUAUGUGUGGUUGUAUGCAUUUAUACUCACUGUCUUGAAAUUGUGUUAGUCCUAUGUUAAUAUGAAUUUGGGUUGAUCUUAAAACAAUAAUACACAUAAAUGUUCUGUUUAAAAUAAAAAUAGAAUUUAUCCACAUAGUCAUUUUCAGAAAUAACAUCACCAAUAUGUGAGUGUCAAAGUUUGGCAGGGGAGAGUAAUAAAGUUCUUUGAGAUUCAGGGGAUUUGGAGGCCAUGCAUGUUAAUUACCAUCUGUUCCCGUGGCCCUAAACAAUCUGUGAACACAUAAAUAACAGGAGAGAGGACGACACUCAGGGAGACAGCGAUGACUUGGAUAAAUGAUUGUUAUAAAUUUGGGAGGAGAGGUGAAAAAAUAGGGGACAGGGGAGCUGAAAAUAGAGAAAAGAGCCCAGAGUCCUUUAUCAUGUAAAAGAGUCGAAUCGUUUUGUGCUGAAAAACAAGCACAGGGCUGAAUUUACUCUCAUCUAAUCUGCAUCUCUUUAAAACACUUGGGAGCUACUUGGAUUUUUGAGGAAACCAAAUGGUGCCUGGAUUAAAUUUUUACCAACAUAAUAAUGAUUUGUUCAUAUUUAAUGUUGUUAGUGGCUCAAUAAUGCUUAAAUACACCACAUUUAUCUGUUUAAAUCAACAAUAUAAGAUGUUAAAGUGAAAGACUAAAAGCUUGUUUUCAGUGCAGUUUGCUUCAAGAUGGAGACACUUAAUAAAUACAUUUCCAUUACCCUAA